AUAGUUCUCUCUCUAAAACCUGUGUUGCCAAUAAGAAGACCCAUUAUAAUUCUCUGCAUACGGUGGUUGAGAGAGAGAGAGAGAGAGAGAGAGAGAGAGAGUAAUGAGACAGUGAGAUGAGGCUGUCAAACCAGAAACAAGAAAAGAAAAUCUUGCAGCUGAGUUGUGCUUUAUAAUAAGAAAGAUCAUUGCAGUAGUAGUGCUCCAAACAAGUGGUUAAGCAUUGCCUUCAAAUCGUUUUCGUUUGCCUCGUCCUCCUCCUCCUCCAUGUUCUUGGCAGUUUAGGCGGAUUUGAAGAGAUAAAAGGCAAAUGGGAAAGACAGGAAAGUGGCUCAGACACUUCUUGACGGGCAAGAAAGACAGGGAUCACAAAGAGAAGGACAAGAGCUCAGCCAAUCACACCCACAAUGCCUCCUCGUUUCCGUCUGAAAACCCGACGACCCCGAUCUCAUUCCUGCCCACGACUCCGAAGGAGAAGCGGCGUUGGAGCUUCCGGCGAUCAUCUGCUUCGCCAGCAACUCCUUCAAAGGACCUGAAUUCCUCAGAACUUGUUGCCUCUACUACUGCAACACCACCAGCCCUGUUGGCCACCCUAGACUCUGAGAAUGAGCAGAAGAAGCACGCGAUGGCCGUGGCAGCAGCAACUGCUGCUGCCGCCGAUGCGGCAGUGGCAGCUGCACAGGCUGCGGCUGCCGUGAUCCGGCUGACUGCAGCUGCUAACGGAAGAGGCAGCGCCAUUGAGGAGGCUGCUGCAAUCAAGAUCCAAUCAGUGUUCAGAUCUUACUUGGCGAGGAAAGCACUUCGCGCGUUGAAAGGGCUGGUGAAGUUGCAGGCGUUGGUGAGGGGUCACCUGGUGAGGAAACAGGCCACGGCAACUCUCCGGUGCAUACAGGCAUUGGUGACGGUCCAGGCCAGGGCCCGGGCAAACAGGCUACGCAGCGCCGAGGUCCCAAAGCCCACCGACCCAAGACUCUCGACGCACCGGAAAUCCACUCAAGACAAUCGGUUCCGCAACAUAUACCAUGAAUCUGAGAAAAUGAUGGAGGAGAAUAUAAAGAUUGUAGAGAUGGACAUAGGGGAAUCAAAAGCAAGCACAAAGAGCAGGAAUAGCUACUCCACUCAUCCGGAGCCCGAGUGGAUCGAUCCCAAAUUCUCGGCGCACCGGGCAUACUUCAAGCCCGAGAACAACCAGAUAUCCCCGGCGCCAUCAGCCCUUACAGAGCUCAGCCCAAGAACCUGCAGUGGCCACUUCGAGGAUUACUCCCUCGGGAUGGUUCAGAGCAGCCCGCAAUUCUCCUCAGCCGUGUCCAAGCCUGACCCUGCUCCGAUACCCUUCGCCUUCCCUAGGUCCGAGUACGCAGAAUCCCUCUCUUACGACUACCCAUUGUACCCAAACUACAUGGCCAACACUGAGUCCUCCCGGGCCAAGGCCCGAUCCCAGAGCGCGCCGAAACAGAGGCCAGACAUUUACUAUGAGAGGCAGCCGAGCCGGAGAAGGCCCUCGUUGGAGGGGAGGAACGUGCCACGCGCAAUGAGGAUGCAGCGGUCAUCGUCACACGUCGGGUCGGCGGCCCAAAACUACCAGUAUCCCUGGUCAAUCAAGCUGGAUAAGUCGACAAUGUCGCUUAAGGAGAGUGAGUGUGGAUCCACCAGCACAGUGCUCACAAACGCCAAUUACUGCAGAUCCCUAGUUUCAUUUGAUGUUCAUGGAAACAGGUACUGAUUGAGCUUCCUUUAAUGAGUGCUUUCUCUGUGACCACUGUGGACGACAAUAAAGAAGCUGCCGUAUCAAACUCACUGCCCAUCUUCAAAAGCACAGGUGUGAUUGAAGAGAGUCUAGAGCUAGUUUUUCUCAUUAAGUCAACUACUGAGCUUUCUGACAAUUUCCCAAUUCUCCCUCUUUUCUUUUCUUUUUCUCAAAAAAUAGGAAGCACCUACUUGAUGCAACCUAAGUGUAAAAUCUGUUUUUCUCUCUUGCCUCUCUCUUUUGACUUUCUCAUCUUGAAUUUAUGUAGUUGAGCAUGUCUCUGAAGAAAGCGUUGUCUCCCCUUUAACUUAAAGCAAACUCCAAUGUAUUUAUCAAAGGGACAGUCAUUCAA